AUGUCUGGACUUGAAAUUCUUGGGGCUGCUUCGGCGGUACUUGGGUUCGUGGAGACAGCGGUUGGUCUGCUUGGUCGCUUACGAGAUGCCUACGAACGUCAAACUGAGCUUUCCUCUGUACUUGAUACUUACAGGCGAGAAUUGAACAGCACGAAAAACAUCCUUCAGAUUGUGCGAGAUGAAGAAGCACUGAAAACUGCCGCUGUCGCCAACGAGUUGGUCGAAAUUGAAAGCAUCCUGAAGAGAAUUGUCGAACUUCUCAAGGCCCUGAAUGAGGACAAGGGCGCCGUACGUCAAUUCACUCACCAAUUAGUCCAUGGAUCUCGAGAUGAACGCAAGUUGAGCGACAUCUUUGGAGAACUUGGCCGAGCAAAGCUCAACCUGAUGAUGCGCAUACAAGCUGCUCACGUUGGAUUAACGAGGAGUCUUGACAACAGCAUUGCCAUUAAUACAAGCAUUGUUGAGAGAGUCAAUAGUCUAUUGGAGCCUGUGCUGGGCGAAGGACAAGGUCUCAAGAUAGCCAAAUUUCUUCGAGAUCGAUGUAAGGAUGAUGGCGACAUUAUCAUGCUCGAUGAUUCCGAUGUUCUUUCUCUACAGGACAAGGCACCUCAGGAAGCGCACAGACUGGCAGGUGAACGAAUUGUGAUUGACAAUUUAACGGAAGAUCAAGCCCUGCAAAUAAAUGGGCCCAUUGGACAAGAUGGUUGGCGAGAGGUUGCUCAUAUGGAAAUCAGAAACAACAAAGCCUCAGGAAAUGCGAUGCAAAUCAACGACAGCAUGUCUAUGGAGGCUUUCACUCAAAUGUUGGCACUUCGGGCGCCGAAAUGA